AUGAACACCAUCAUCGCCUUCGCCGCCAUCUUGGCCGUCGCUAGCGCCUCCGUCCUAGCUCCCCUAGCUGCCUUCUCAGUGCCCGCCUCCAGCCAGUUCCACGCCCAAGACGAGCUAGGCCAGUACACCUACGGAUAUUCCAACUACCUCUCGGCCAAAGCGGAGUCCAGAUCGCUAGAUGGCAGCACCACCGGCAGCUACAGCUACGUCGAUCCUGACGGCAAAGUCCAGUCGGUAGAGUACACCUCCGAUGCUGUCCACGGGUUCAGGGUUGCCGCCUCCAACCUACCUGUUGCUCCUGCUGUACCGGAAGUUCCUGCUUUGGUUCAGCCGACUCCUGUGCAAGAUACCCCCGAGGUUGUGGAGGCGAGAGCUAAGCAUUUGGCUGCUGUAGAGGAAGCUAAGGUCCGUGCAAUCCAAGUUGACGCAGUUCCAACGGUAGUCUCAAAUUCAGUAGAAGCUAAAUCUGUAGCUGCCCCAGCUGUAGUUGCUCCUGCCAUUACUGCAGCUCCACUAGCCCCUGUACAACACUUGGCAUUCAGAUCUGGCUUCCUAACCCCUAGCAUUGCCUACAGGACAGCUCCAGUUUCUGCCUUCGGCUACUCCUACAACAUUAAUGGCUUGUACGGCUACAACAAUUUGUAUACUUACCCGGGAUUCACCGCCUAUUCGGUACCAUUCGCUUCCCAAGUUUUCACCACGCCAUCUGUCGGGCAAAGCGUGGAAGUUGCCCGGAGUUCAACGGCUACACAAGAAGACAAUAGGAGCGAAAGGAGUGAGCAAUGA